CAUCUUUUUGAAAGCGGAAGUGAGCAGGUUGUGAAACAAAAAUGACAGAGCUAAAAUCUUUCAGCUUGAAAGAAGUGAAGGAGCAUAAUGACUCUAAAUCGACCUAUCUGGUUAUCUAUGAUCAGGUUUAUGAUGUGACCAAGUUUUUAGAAGAGCAUCCUGGUGGUGAAGAGGUUUUAUUGGAACAAGCAGGAGGAGAUGCCACAGAUGCAUUUGAAGAUGUCGGCCAUUCCACCGAUGCACGCGAGCUGAUGAAAGAUUACUUAGUUGGAGAUAUUGUUGAGUCUGAUAAAAAGAACAGGAAGAAACAAGAGCGGUUAACACCAGCCAUGCAAGCAGAACAGUCCAGUGGCUGGACAGGAUGGUUGAUACCCCUGGGAAUUGCCAUGGCGGCCGCCAUUCUUUACAGAUUUGUGAUAGCCCCCAGCUCUUCGUAACACAUAUUGACUGUCUAAAAAGCACUAAACAAAGGACCAAGUCAGGAGGCUGAAGCGGGAAAGGUUCUUAGUGAACAACUCGAAUCUUUUUCUUUUUCGCUUCUUGAAGUGUGAUUCUCUGUUCUCUUAAUAUUUAUAAUGUAAUUCAUCAAUAAAUUCAACAUUGGCCUGAAUUUUUCUAUUGAUAAAUACUUGAAAAACAUGGUUGUUUUCAGUGUGGUUUUAUUUAAUAUGUAGCAUAUGUGCUGCUUAUACCUUCAAAGUUUAAGUUUACAAAUUACUGGUAACAACAUUCGCAAUCACUAAGUGUUAAAAAAAUUAUGACUUAAAGAAGCCAAGCUUGCUUUAAAAAUGGACACAAAAGCACUUAACAGCUAUAUUGCAUUAAAUGUGUACAGAAUACUAUAGAUGACUAUAGUUAUUUGUUCAGAACUUUGUUCAGUGUUGAAAAUAGUUGCAAAAGAAAAUCGUAGCAAAAUAAAGGCAAAUAAAUAGACAAUGUACAAUUUUGUACCCAUUGUUUCAUGUAACAGUGUUUUCUUUGUAGUCAUCUAUACAAUAAGUCCCAUAUCAGAAUCAUUCUCAUUAAUCAGAGGUUUGAUAAUGAUAAAUCUAUGUUGUAUGUGUAGCAUCAUAACUGGUGUACGAGAAUGAUCAGAAUGGUAACAAAUAGAACUGUUUUAUAGUGCUACAAAUAACGUUAGUCACUUAUGCAGCACCUUCGUUACAUAUGCUGUUCUUGACAACAAGAUACAAGACAGUUUCAUCACUCCAAACCCUCAUGAUUGGAAUUACUCACCUGCGCUAAAGCACUCAUGUAUAAUAUCAAUAACUCUGAUUAUGGGUGCCGUAACUCUUUUUUUGGUGGCAAUAUUUAGCACUAUAUUUGUAAUCGAACUGUAAUAUCUUUUUGGAAUUUAAGUUUAACUGUGUGGAAGUUGAAAUUUAGUCAUAGUUCUACAUGUUUGUUGUACUUUUUAAUAAAAGUAUUAUUUGUAAUAUCGUUAACAAAUUUAAUCAAUAUACUUUGCCGAGUUUACAUAUUAAUUAAAACAAUCUGAAAACUGUAACUUAAAUACUUUUCAUAAGUCAAGUAAGUAGAUAUUUAUUCAACAUAUUAUACAUGCAUUAAGCAGAUGGUUAUGUUAUUUCAUGGAAACAUUUAUCUUGAGCCAUGUGUGGGUGUUUUGAUGUGUAUACAUGUACAGACAAAAUUAUAUAAUGGUGUGUUAAAAGUUUUUCCAUAGCAUUUCUGUAUGUUUCAGCGAAAUGUUGUUUCUUUUCCUGUGCAAUUGCUGUUUUGAAAUUCUAUGAAUGCCAAUAUUAAACACACAAUGAUACAUUCCCUUCUUAAAUCCAGAUUUUCACAUAUAUAAUUUUUUUUUUGGAAAACUCAUUCUUAACACUUACAGUAGUACAUUUAUAAAUUAUGAUAACAAAUCAUUGAAGUAAUGUGAGAAAUCUUUUUUCCAUCUGCAAUGUGUUGCUAUUAUUUUUGUCUUAAAGCGCAAUAUUGUCAUAUACCUUUUGUAAAGGCUGUUUUCUGUAUGUUUGUAAGUCACAUUUUAGAAGACGCAAUCAUUGCUGUUUUACAUGCGGUCUGUUUUAGAACUACUCAACUUUAUUACAUAAUAUAUUUUUACAACUGCAUCUAGGUUGUUCUCUGUAAGUCAAUUUUCGUGGGGGUGGGGGUAUUAAUUUAACCUUUUUUUAACCAGUCAUUUUAAAAAUAAUAUACUGAUACUAAUAUACUCGUAUAUAUAAUAAAAUAAAACGAAAAUGUUUCAAUACAGAAUAUUCUACAAGUGGUUUAUCAAAUUGAAUAGUAAAGAUUCUAAUUUUUA